GGGCGGCUACAGUCGCGAGCGUGAAGGAGAUCAUAUUUAUUUGACGGUGAGACCAGGCGGCACUGCAGGGUGAUUCUGUGCACGAUUUUCCAUCAGUUUAACCUUUUAGUUGAUUCAACGUGAGGUGUGGUUAAUUUCUUGAUCGGAUAGUCAAUGCACAGAGCACAAUACUGUUGUUACCGUUCGGGCGACAGAGGCAAUUACAAACUAUUUACAAAAAAUCGGUUGGGUUCUUCAUGAUUCUCGUUUACAUAAUUGGUGAUCCAUUCCAGUCUUAUUUGUGAGGAAGUUUUUGGUGUAUUGAAUUCAAUGAUUUCGGAGGAAAAUCGUAAAAUCUUUGAAAUUGUAAGUGUCGAAUUGAAGAAAAUUUUUGGAUUACGCAUGCACAAUUGUAUUUUUUAAUAAAGAGGAGAGCCUGAAAUGCCUGUAAUUAGAGUUAACGUGCAAGAAGGAUCUCACAAUAAGCGCCUGCCGAUCGAUGUAGAAGUCGACACGUCGGACAGCGUAACGACGAUGCCGAUUACUAAGGCAAAGGGUUCCUGGCAUAUACCUAGACCAUCACUUGUUGGACGCAGUGAGAAAGACAGUGAUCAUGUUAGCAGCUGGGAGCAUCAUCAUUUACAUCCUAAUUCAUCCUCGCGGGGAUCCACAUCAUCUCAGGGCUCCACCGCCAGUACACAUAGCGCAGCGUCAGGCACUUUACUUCUGACAGCAGCGAAUUUGGCAAAACUUACAGCAAUGCAUCCCUCUAAUAUAACUAAAUCAAAAACAGUGGAUAAUCUAUCAGUGGCCAGUAGUACGCACUUCACGGUUAUCAAUGGUGUAGGCAGACCGACGGCAGUAUAUAAAAAGUCAUGGUGCGCAAGACAUCAGCUUACGGUGCUUGUAUGUACUAUGAGCUUUUUGUUUUUGAUGGGACUUUUCGCUGGUAUUCUCUGGAUGGAGAUUCGAGCACGUGAUAAAUACAACUGAUUCCUCAGCACGAAGAAUGAUUCCUGUGAAAUCUCGUCUUCGAUUAAAUCAGCUCAAAAUAACACGCACUAUAAAACUGAAUACUAUUCGUAAUUCUAAAAAAUAUUCAAUUACAAGAUUCCAAUUAUGAAUGGAAUUUUAGAUCCUAGUAUGUAAGCUGUAUUACACUUAUAGCAAAUGUGUGGUACGUGACAAUCAAGUAAUUACAUUAUUUGUAAUAGUUUUUAGUAAGCGUGUCGAGUAUUGGACUACCAUUCAACUCGAAUUUAUUAUUUAUAUUCAACAAAUCCUCAGAAUGAUCGAGUUUAACAGCGAGUAUUCUGACUCAUUAUUAAUCAUGUAGCACUACUGAAAUGAGAUCAUCGCUUGAUAACCUGAGUGAAAAACUCCCUCGAUCUAGGAAAAUAACUCAAGAGAUUUCAUACAAUCGCCAUUAUUUCUUCACCUUGCUAAAUUAUUAUCUCAUGUUCUGGUGCAAUUAUUCAUGUUCUACGAACGUCUAAAAUUUAUCAAACGAAUUGUAGAAAAAAUUCAAAAGUGAAAUCCUUCAUUUAGAAAAACAUCUGAGAAAAGUAAAUUAAUAUAAAAUGACUAUGUUUCAUAACUAUGCCAAAAAAGGAUAGGUGGAAGCCCAAUCUUGUGAGGCAUCGAAAAUUUUCAACCAGUGAUGAAGCAAUAUUUUUCAUCAAAGCGCUCAUGAAAUGAUGCUUCGUGGACGAAGUAAUGGAAACCAGAAUUUCUUUCUAAUGCGCAAAGAAAAGCAAAAUUAUACUUUUCAUGUCUGUGAUAUUACUUUUGUAUUAGAUGAUUGCCCUACGCAGUAAAGUAUCAAAAAACCCGAAGAUAAUCGAGUGAAUUUAUUGAUCUCAUUUUUCCAUGUGUUGGAGCAGUGACAAGGGGACAAGUCUAUAGAUGGUUUGCAGAUAACAACAAAUAUUGUUGAGAGUAGCUGAUUUAUGGUCCUUUGAAUUUCUUUCCGUUAGACAUCCCAUUUCUUCGAUAUUUUUAGAAUGAUUUUUUCAACAUGCCAUAUUUGGGUUCAUUUAGCUUAACUUAUUAUUUUAGACUAUUAAAAAUUAUAAUUUCUCCUUAUUAAUCCGAUGAAUUUGAUUGAUGUAAUU